GGUUCCUUAUUUCCGGUAUUUUCCCAAUCCACGUCGCCGAAUUGUCAAACUUGGAGUUUAUAUCUAAUUCCACCAAAAUUAUGUAUGAAGGAGGAAUAUCCGAUGGUUAUUGAAAAGGCAGACUGUUUUAAACGAUUUACUUUGAUUUUGAAACCAUUAACCGUCUUUAUGGCUAGCAAUGAAGGAUGCAUUUCACAAUGAGUAGUCAUAGGAUCUAUAUUAAUUCACCAUGUUCGAAUCCCAAUUUCCAACUAAAGAAGUUAUUGAUAGCGGUGAUGGGAUUGAUAGUUAUAAUAUCAUUUAUAGCACUUGUUGUUGCUGCUGUUAUCGAACCUUAUAUUACCGGCUCUAAUAAAUACGAUGGUAUAAUAGAGGAUACAUCCACACAGAAGCAUUAUGGGAUAGUUAUUGAUUGUGGAAGUAGCGGAAGUAGAGUUUAUCUAUAUUCCUGGCCGACACAUUCAGGUCAUCCAGGUGAUCUUCUCAAUAUGCAACAGGUAACAGAUCAAUAUGGAGACAUAAUUCAUAAAAAAGCCAAACCAGGAUUGUCGUCAUUUGAAGAUAAACCUGAUAAAGCAAGUGAUUAUAUCAGCCCGUUAUUAGAUUACGUAUCUAAAUAUAUUCCCCGGGAUUUACAUAAAGAAACACCUUUAUAUAUACUGGCUACAGCUGGUAUGAGGCUUAUACCAGAAAAAGCCCAGAAAGCAAUAUUGAAUGAUCUACAGACGGAUAUUACUAAAAAUUACGAUUUCCUGGUUGCCGAGAAUCAUUUUGAAGUUAUCAGUGGUAAACUGGAAGGAGUUUACGCCUGGAUUGCCGUUAAUUAUGUUUUAGAUAAAUUCUCUCAUGGACCAGGAGAUCAUGAAGUAGUGAGUGUUCGGUUGCCAGGUGAAAGUCCGAACACACCGAUGCAUGUACGUAGACGAACAGUAGGAAUGAUAGAUAUGGGUGGUGGAUCGGUUCAAAUAGCUUUUGAAGUAACCAAUCCAAAAGCUGAUUUACCAAAAAGUUUAAUGGCGGAGGUGAAUCUUGGAUGUCAGAAUUCAGAUGUGGAUCAUACUUAUCGUAUUUACGUGACAACAUUUUUAGAGUUCGGUGCAAAUUCAGCUCGAGAACGUUACGAAGAAAUGCUGAUAAAAAAAUCUCUUUCAUACUCUGAUCCGUAUCGAGGUAGAAACACGACCAAUGCCAUCCAGGAUCCAUGUUUACCAAAACAAAUGCCGUUAGUCACGUCCCCCAACGAAAGUGGACGAAAGUAUUAUUUCAAGGGAAUUGGAGAUUUUAAGAAAUGUCGUGCGAUGAUGAAACCCUUAUUAAACAAAACGUUAGCGUGUAGUCACAAACCUUGUUCCAUGAAUGGCAUCCAUCAACCAGGGAUUGAUCCCCAACGCUCCAAGUUUUACGGUUUCUCCGAGUUCUGGUAUUCAACAGAAGAUGUGUUUGGUAUCGGUGGACCGUAUCAAUAUUCUAAACUUGAACAUGAAUCUCAGGAUUUUUGUAGUACAAGUUGGAGUGUUUUACAGGAAAGAUACAAGAAAAAAUUAUAUCCUAAAGCAGACGUCGAUAGAUUUAAAACACAAUGUUUUAAAGGGGCUUGGUUAGCAACAGUUUUACACGAAGGUUUUCAAUUUCCUGAAGAUUAUAAAAAUUUAAUAGCAGCACAAUUAAUCAAUAAAAAAGAUGUUCAGUGGACAUUAGGAGCUUUAAUUUACAGGACACGAUUCCUGCCCUUAAGGGAUAUACAGAAAUCAAUCAGUACUCCAUCAAGUACAAGAUCGUGGACUUAUAUACCACGAAUGUUUCUCAACGAGUAUCUCAUUUUGUUGUGUAUUGUGAUAGUUCUAGCCUCUAUUUUACUAUAUAUGAAACGAUUAAGACUGUGUCCCAAGAAAGAAUUGUCUCGUGUUCCGUCUAUGUCGUAUUUUAUGACAGGUGAAAACGAGGCCGAGUUGGGAAUACGAACAAUUAAAGGCUCGAAUUAUUUAUGACAUCAUCUGUGAUGUUUAUGAAGGGGAGAGAAUUGGCUUUUGCCUGUCUGACAUUUUUAUUUUGGGGGUAACAGGGGCCAGAAUUCGGUAACUAAAGAAUGAGUUAGGAAUACGAACUGUUAAAUUGUUUAAUUAUUUAUGAUGCUAUUUUGUAUGUUUAACGUCAUGAAAGGGAAAGAACUGGAUUUUUAAUUUGGGAUUAACAGGCCACUAAAAUUAGUUAGAAAUACGAAAUGUCAAUGUAUAUUGUUGUGAAAGGGAGAGAACUGGAUUUUUAAUUUGGGGUUAACUUGGGAUAGAAUUGGGUGACUUGACGUUAGUUAGAUGUAGGUAGAGUCGAGUGAAAUGUAGAAACUGGCAAUGGCCUACCACCUCCAGUUUCUGAGUUAUACUACUUCUGAUUCAUGGCGAUACCCGUGCUUCGCUGGAUCAACCGUUAGUUAUACAUACUACUUCUGCUUCAUGGCGAUACCCGUCUUACGCUGGAUCAACCGUUAGCUAUACUACUUCUGGUUCAUGGCGAUACCCGUGCUUCGCUGGGUCAACCGUUAGUUAUACUACUUCUGCUUCAUGGCGAUACCCGUGCUACGCUGGGUCAACCACUAGUUAUACAUACUACUUCUGGUUCAUGGCGAUACCCAUGCUACGCUGGGUCAACCGUUAGUUAUGUAUAAGAUAUGGUGGGUAAGAAUCUAUAAUUCAUUAGCCUCUAGUUAGCCAGACACUCUGUCUAUCACUCUGUCUAUAUACAAUGUAUGUAUCAUAAGGUCUGUCAUUGAGUCAACUGGCGGGGUUUUGAAUCCCCCGUUGUACGUGACAAGGUGUAGGGUCGCCUGUUCAACCUCGUGGGUUUUCUCCAGGUCCUCUGGUUUCCUCCCACUGCUAAAGACCCCUACUCGCAAGUGAAUUAUUGAAAUAAAAUUGAACCAUGUGUUAGUCCCGAAAUGACCUAGUUUGUGUCGAGUGAACCUUAAACCCCAUUUCUCUCUCUCUCUUGUCUGUCUAUAUACAAACCAUGAUUAAAGGGGUCUUGUUAUUUUUGGAUAUAUGAACCAUGAUUAAAGGGGUGUUGUUAUUUAUGCCUUGAACUGUGAUCUUUCUCCACUUUGUAUUUGACUUGAAUUGAUGCCCUUUGACCUAUUCGAUUUAUUAAUAGAUGUGCAUAUGAUUUUUUAUAGUUUUAGUUAUAAGCUUAUGUUGUUGAUAUUGGAUAAUUUUGGACCAAUGAAAGCAAGACAAUUUACAACUUAGCUGUGAUUAUAUGAUUCGAACCCGGUAUUUGUGUAGUAAUACUGGACUUCUUUGUUGUGUUUUCUUUGUGAUCGUAAAUAUCCUCGUUCUCAAUAAAGUGUAUAUAGCUUAUAAUGGCUGCUCUGACAGACUGGUUGAGCUCUAAUGAAUUUCGCUCAACACCCUCUUUUAUAACACCCUAAUUUCUUUACGUCAUAUGGAAUAAACAUCCCCCAUACCCCGACGACCGGGAGGAGAACAUUACCUUAUUUGGUCUACCAAACACAUUUAUAAACAAGAAGUAUUUGAUGGAUAUUUUGACAAUGGAAAGGAUAUAACCAGUAUUUUUACCAAAUUAUCCCUGUUUUAUUAUAAACCUAUCACUCAUUUAGAUUGAGUGUGUGAGAUAUGACCUCUAUACAAUGUGUCAAUCUAAUACCAAAAUUACCAUACUUUUAUUGGAAAGAACCACCCGAUAAAUCCUUUUCUGGGAACUCAUGUUUAAAGAUACAAUAGUACUACAUUUGGCACUCGUUGUACUGUGUAGGGUGAGUAAAGAUAAUGGGUUUUUCCUUCCACACAAAAUGAACUGGUUUCAUUCCUCUAAAACAGUGGUUCUCAACCUUUUUUUUGCCAACGUCACACCCUUGGAACACAUAAAAAAAAUAGGUGCACACCUGGUAAAAUAUAUGUGAAAAAUAUUUGAAUUUUGCAAAAUAAAAACAUGGUAAGUCAGACGGCAUACAACUGUAGACAGAGACUAGCUAUAGAAACAUAGAAUGACUCAAACUAAAUAAAGGAAAACACAGCUAUGAAUUCACCAGUAGACACCAGUGAAUACUCAAUUGGGAUCACAUGUUUUUUCGCAUUUCUUAGUGUGCCGUUCAAAAUUUUGUGGCAUACUUAGGAAGAUCUUGCGGCACAACUGUGUGCCGCGGUCCACUGGUUGAAAAUCACUGCUCUAAAACAUCAGGGGACGGCUCCUUUAUUAAAGGGACAAUAACACUUGUGCUGGCUUGACAGCUCCAGAAAAUACAAAAUAGCCUUAUUCUAAGUACUAGAUGUGUUAGUGUCCUACCUGUUGUGUAAAUUAUCCAUUAAAUCCUAUUUUACUUGUCCAGAGGGUUCAAAAAUAUUUUUAAAUCCAAGUCACAUUUGAAAAGCUUUACGUCAGGCUUUUCAAAUCAUUUAGUUGAAUUUUUUCAAUUUUUAAAUUAGGUGUGUUAAGAUGAAAUUUGUAUCUUCAAUUAAUUGGAAUAUUGUAAAAUAGUACAAUUUGUUGACCAGAAUAAAGAUUGGGACAUAUUAUUCAGUUACAACAAGAGUGGUAUUGAGCCUUUAAGACCCUUCAUUUCACGGUUUGUUGAAUAAAGCUGUAAGAAUUGUCGUGUGUUCAUGAAAGGUUGAAAUAAGUUAUUAUUUAGGUAAUAAUAAAAUUGAAAAAAUAUAUAAAUGGGGAUAAAAAUUGAUAUAUUAGAUAAUGUGAUUAUUUUGUGAUCUCAGAAUGAAGAAUGAGGUUUUUAAAGUUGUAUGAUAAAUUAAUUAAUCAUGUCAUGUAUUUUGGCCAGGUCUGUCUGUAAAACAUGUUAUUUUGUUUGUCUUAAAUCGAAUAUGUAAUAAAAACCUUAUUUUGUUUGUGGUAUAUUGAAUAUGUUAUAAAUAGUUAAAGGUUGUUUUAUAAUAUAUGUGCUAUCAAUAUUUUAUAAUCAUGUGUUUCAUUAAUUAGUUAUAUCAUAUUAACAUAUCAUGCUUGGGACUCUACUUGUAACCACAUAACCCUAGCCCUAACCCAAGGACUUGACUUAUAACCACAUAAUUUAUAUCCGACAAAUUCCACGAUAAAGUCGUGAUCAAUUCAUGGAGCAUCGAUGACUCAUUAGCUCACUAACCAUCAAGUCCUGGUUUCGAUAUCAAUAUUCAUCAUUUCAUUUAUCUGAUCCAGUUGAACUUUAUUUCAUUCAUGUGUUCAAUUAUAUUAAUAGUAAAAUUAUGUUUAACUGUGAAUUAAUAGAAAUUUAUAUAUAAAUGUACAUAGAAAUAAUAACCAUGAAGAAUAAAUUUAAAUGAUAAAUUGCCGAUGAAUUUCUUCCUAUGGAGGCAAAAUAUUAUAAUUUAUUGUUUUCACUAAGGAUAUAGGCUUGGUUAAAAGUAAGCUUCAAUAUAUUUGUGAUAUCACGUCAGUGGAAUAUUGACACAUAGUUGUAAUAUUGACAGAUUCUAGUGUAGUAAAGACAAGUAAAAUGAAAUUUUGAACUAUAAAAAAACCAAACGAAAUAGGAUCUUUAUUUUAAUUAGAUUGACUACAAUAAACAGUACAGCCAACGGAAAUAUAAAAACAUGCUUUAAUUAUUUUAUUGAACAAGCUUCCAAGUUUAUAAUGAUUUUUGCUUGUAAAUAAUUUUUAUUGAAGAUGUACAUAACUGUAAAUUAUUCUAUUAUAGAAUUUGAUUAAAUUGAUGUAAAUAUGUAUUAACAUUGUUUAUGUUGGGCGAUGAAAUGAAGUCGAGAUUUGUUUUUAAUCAGACUAAAAGAAAUAUGUUUAAAGGAGAAAGUCCACCUAUUGUCAAUAAUAGAUAGAUUACCAUGGUAACUACUAGAAAAUAUCUCUCAUAGUACACACAUCAUGGUGUAUCCUAACCCUAACCCUUUCACUCAUAGUACUCACAGCAUGGUGUACUGUAUCCUAACCCUAACCCUUUCACUCAUAGUACUCACAGCAUGGUGUACUGUAUCCUUACCCUAACCCUUUCACUCAUAGUACUCACAGCAUGGUGUACUGUAUCCUUACCCUAACCUAACCCUUUCUCUCAUAGUCCAUAAGUUUGGAUGGUCAUUAAUGUUUAUAUUUAGAUGGUCAUUAAUGUUUAUAUUUAGAUGUAUUCAUUCGGUUUCCAUGUACAUGAUUAUUGUAAAAACACUGGAGCAAGCAUUGGUUAUUUUUAUUGGUGUAAACGAAAGUUGAUUGGUCAAUAAAAAUAUCAUUUAUUAGGUACACGAUUAUUUUAAAAAAACACACAAAGAAAAAAACAACAUAAAAUCAUGUAAAUUCAUCAUUUACAGUUUAUCUGUGUGCAAUAAACAAAGAUCUGAAUGAAUUUAUUGAAUAAAUUAGCCUCAUUCAGUGGUUAUUAAAUAUAUUAAUUAGCCUCAUUAAGUGGUUAUUAAAUAAAUUAGCCUCAUUAAGUGGGUUAUUAAAUAUAUUAGCCUCAUUAAGUGGGUUAUUAAAUAUAUUAUCCUAUUGUAUAAAAAUCAUCAAGUGGGGUAUAUUAUUUAUUCAGUAUUUAUUCAAGAUGUCUAUAAAACGUCCCGGAUGCAUCGCCUUCUUUUAAUUUAGCUAUAUUUGUAUAUUUAUAUCUCUCUAAAUCAAUAUAAUUCAUAUUGAGUUCAAUAUUGAUGAAUAUCUAUGAAAUAUGACCAUGUUAUCUUACUGUGAAAUAUGGGGUAUCUAUUUCUUAACAAUUAUGAAACUUCAACCUCUGGUUUUAUCUCCUGAUUUUUGAUUCAGCUAAAUUUGUACUUUAUGGAAAUAUUAAAAUUUAUAAAACGAGAUAUUUGAUGGCACCAAGUUAUUAGGAUAUCUUAUAUAAAUCACUGAAUUAAAUCAUAAUUCACUAUAUUAUGAUGGUUGUCAGAAAUCUUGUUACAACUCUCCUGGGGUUAUUUUGAAUUGUUUAUGUCCUUAAAUCAUUUUGCUGUUAUAGGUGUAACAGUCUUUUUUUCGAUAUCUAUAACCAUUUUUAUUUUGUGCAGAAAUCCAUAUUUAUUCCAUCCUUUAAUUAUUAUGGUAAUUCAACCUGUUUUACCUUGAUUCAUACAGUGUCAUAACGUGGGUUAACAGUGUACUGGGCAGUUCAAAUACUAACCCAUGGUUCGUAUCAUAGCAACAAUGUUACCUGGCAACCCUUAUAUGCCCCACCCGUCAUGUUAAAACUGUGUAGAAUUUAAGGAACAUACAGAGAUUAUCUGUGUGAUUGUUUGUGGGGUUUUUAAUCUUGUGUCCAGGGAAACUACGGCACUCCAUUCAUGACGUAUUAUUUCGGCAUCUUGUUAAACAAGCUAAUCUCGAUUAACAAGACGCUCAAUAUAGCAUAUUGUAUUGAAUGUUGGCAGACUGGAUAAACAAGACUGUUGUGUGUGUGUGUCACUAAUUGUAUAUAAACAGAGAAUAAAUUAUAGACGGGGUAAAAAAAUUGUAUUAUAGAAAAAUAAAUUGUUUUGAAUUUAA